AUGGCCCAUGCAAGCCAGAACCGGACAGUGGAGAUCCUGAACGCCGCGGCGGCAGGGAAAUACGGUGUCCUAGCAGCAAUUGCAUACAACAUCGAACAGCUCACAGCACUAGUCCGCGCUGCUGAGGCGAAACGCUCACCCAUAAUCAUCCAACUCUUUCCCUCCACCCUCAAGCAACUCCCCACUCUCGCACACGCCGCCGCAGCCGCAGUUAGAUCAGCUACCGUCCCGCUGUCCCUACACAUCGACCACGCGCAGGAUGUGGACCACAUCCGCGAGAUCAUAGCCACGCUACCGGUAGAUUCUGUCAUGGUGGACAUGUCGCACUACGACGAGCAAGAGAACCUGGAGAAAACCAAGAUCCUCGCGAAAGAAUGCCACGCGAUGGGUAUCGCGGUCGAGGCUGAGAGCGGGCGGAUAGAAGGUGGUGAGGACGGCAUCGCGGAUACAGAGGGUCUAGAAGCACUUUUCACCUCCCCCGAGGACGUCGACAACUUCAUCGCCGCAGGCAUAGACAUCCUCGCGCCCUCUAUAGGCAAUCUCCACGGCGACUAUGGGCCGUCUGGUCCUGCGCCUGGCCAGCUGCACUUCGACCGCCUGACGGCAAUCAACAAACAGAUCAACAGCCGCGUGCUCAUAGCGCUGCACGGGACGAAUGACUUCCCGCCGGAGCUCAUGCGUCAGUGCAUUGAGAACGGCGCAAUUAAACUCAAUGUGAAUAAGCUGCUGUUAGAGGUCUGGAACGAGUUUCUGAGGAAGAAUGCAGCGGAGAUGCCGUUGGUGAAGCUGAUUGAUGAGGGCAUGAAGGUGUUGCAGGCGGAGACAGAGAGGUGGAUGGAUAUCUGUCAGAGUAGCGGGAAGGCGUAGAUGGGUAGUGGUGCAAGCCAGCGAUAUAUACAUGAAUUAACGGUAGUCUGGCGAUUGAAUGGAUACCCGAAGCUGUCUCGAGGACAGAUGU